AUGAUUCAAAUAACCACCAAAGUCAGUGCUUCUGGUGAUAUAACAUCGCAGAAUGAUCAUAAUAGAGCUUGCUUCCGCCAGGUUCAUAGAGAGCAGCAGAAACAUGCCAAUAAUUCGCCGAAGAUAAUAUCUAGUCUAGAUCAUUCCAAUAGCUUGUAUGAAGCACCAGUUGAGGGAAGGAAGUGUGAAGAGGGUAGAGGAGAAAAUAUAGAAGAAGAUAGGGGAGGUGAUAGAGGAGAGGAAGACAGAGAAAAGGAAAGAGGAGAGGAAGACAGAGAAAAGGAAAGAGAAGAAGACAGAGGGGAAGACAAAGAAGAAAAUAUAGAAAAAGAUAGAGGGGAAGAUAAAACUGAAGAUGAAAAAGACGAGGCUCUUGAGGACGAAGACCAUUCUAAAGUAUUGAGUUUGAUCAAAUUAUGUUGCGAGUAUAUUAAAACUGAGAAUGUCGAGGCUUUAGCAUUAAUUGCUAGACAAAAGGGUGUUCCACCAUUUUUGCGAUAUAGAAUUUGGCCGAUGUUAUUAAAGAAGCACUCUUUUGUUGUUGAUCCAUAUAUUAAUCCAAAUUUUGAUGAAUUCGAAGAAGAAGAGGAAGAAGAAGAGGCUAAGGAGAAAGUGAAUGACGAAAAUAAAGAAGAGGAUGCCAAUAGAGGAGAUAAUAACGAUGAAAAUACAUCAAAGAGAAAUAUCAAAGCGAAACCUAACCAAAGAAAUAUUCCUAUUAAACAAAUUAGAAGUGAUUUAAAGAGAUAUUACCGAAAAAAUAUCCACCAGAAUAGUGGUGCAAACGUUUUAAAUGGAAGCAAUAACAGUUCUUAUACAAAGAGCGAUCCUUACCACCAAUUGUCACUAAUAGAGAAGAGGAUAUUCAAAACUUUGGAAUAUUCGAUUGUGAAAUUCCUUCGUAAAUGGGGUAGUAUUUUCAAAUAUGAAUCUGGGCUAGCUUGGAUUGCUCUUGGUUUGGCAGAGUGGUAUCCGCCAUUAUUGAACAAUAAACAUUAUACUGAAUAUAAUGAUGGAAGUAAAUACGUAUUAUUGGGAAAAGACAUGUGUCUUGCAAAGUUUGAAAAAAUUCAUAAGGGAAAGGGAAUUAGCAAAAUUGUUGAUACUAAUUCCAAUCCAGCAAAGUCACGAUCCAACUCUGAUAUUUCUCUCUUAAACAGUACAAAUCCGAACAAUGUUGCAAAGGAGGUCGAAGAUUCGUCGGACACAAAUUCCACUACAUCAACCUUUGUGUUUGAUCAAGAAAAGAUUUAUUUUGAUGAUUGCAAUUUAUCUGAUACAAGUUGCAUCGUGGACGUGUAUGAUGAGUGCAAUAUUCAUUACGAUAAUUUCUUAACAAAAAAUGAGGAUUUAAAGGAGUUUGAUAAAGAAAUGAAGUUGCUUGAUGAUUCAAUCCCAUUGAAAUAUAAGUUAUCGUUCCCUGAAAUAUUUGAAAGGUUAGUGUUGGUAAUACUACACGCUCCAGAACCUAGUGAAGAAGAAUUGAACGAAAUAGAGAAAUCAAUGAAGAAGACUGAUCUAGAAUCAUCCGAAUCACUUAGUGCCAGCUCACCACCCCCAGACUCUAAACACAAAUUCAUUUCGGAAUCAAUCAUCUCUUUACCAGUAAAAGGGGCAUCAAUUGAUGAACGAGUAUCAUUCUUUUUAUAUUUGCUUCGAAAAGUUCUCGAUGAGUUAUCCAGCUUUUUUAAGGAAGAAGGGGUUCUCACAUCUAGCUACAAUUUGGUUAACAAUGGAGACGAAUGGUUACUAUGGUGGAUUAAAUGGUGUGGGGCAAAGACAUUCAAUAAGAUGGAUAGAGGUAGACUUUGGGAUUUGGUUCUUGGUUGGAGGCCAUUCCCAUUAUUGAAAGACAGCGCGAAAAUUAAUUUGGAAAAUGUGGUUAAACAAAUUUCUGAAACUGAUCAAGGAUUAAUUGAACAAUUGGGAGGCGAUAUUUACUGGAAUGCUGUCGCUAAAACUCAAGAUCACGAGUUGAUUAAAACAGUCAAAAGUCUACUAGUUCUUGAAUCCACAAAUGAGGCAACGAGUGAUAUUGCAGAAGAAAGCACAGGAAACUAUGUUUUAUCAUCAUUGAUUCCAUCAGCCGUCCGGGAAAAGAAAUUCUCAUAUUCUUGUAUUGACCCACACAUAGAAAUACUAUUUAUUUAUUUGGCAUUUUUGAAAUCUCAUGAGAAUUUGAUAUUUGAGCUUGACCAGGCUGAAAUUCGACAAUUUUUGAAUAACGGAUUGAUGACUACCAAUUUUUCAAACCGGUUUGCUAAGAAGAAAGCCUCAAAAAGUUUGAAGAGCCAGCAUAAAUCAUACGUUGCAUAUGGUGAUUUAAAUCCAAAGAAUGAAGCUGCGGGAAUGGUUGGUAAGCACACGAGUAGUAGUACUGAUAAUGGAUCAGUGAAGUCGCCCGAAGCCCUUAGUUCGCCAGUGAACAACCUUAACUUGUUUAAAUCGCCCAUAGCUUCGCCUCAACCCAACGUGAUUCAAAUGUCAGUAAAUAGAUUGAGAAGAACACUGUUCCUAUCAGAUUACCACUCAUAUCCUCCAAAUUCACUUACGCCUGAACCAUCGCCGAAACUAGACAACAUUAUUAAUAAUACUGAUAAUGAUAGUUCUCAACAGAACUAUGAUCAUUCUGCUUUUGUUCUACCACCGCCAACAUUGUCACUAAUCACUAUCAAUUCUGAAACAAACACACUGAAAUCCAGAAGUAAUAGCACUAGCACAACCAGUACAACAAAUUUGAGUCCACUAAUGACGCCGAUGUCCAGUACAAUUUCAGCCAAGUUAGGGGACAAGAAGGACAAGAGUUUACCUUUGGUGAUCGACAAGAAUAAUGAUGAUAUUGAAGAUGUAAUCCUACGAAGUGCAAAUUUUUGGAAAGAUUGGUUGAUGGAGGAAAUUAAAUUUGAAAAGGAACCUGAGAAAUAA